GUAUUCUGUUUUAGGGGCAAAUCACAGUUAAAUGGCAGAGGUCCCUCUAUUUGAACAUAGAGAUAGGUGUGUUGAUUCAUUUUCAUGUUGGUGAAAUGAAUUUCCUCCUGGUUAAUAUCAGAACUGAGACAAAGUGGAAGGCCAAGCCAGAAGGAGCCUCUGCUCACUUGUAACUCUGCAUUUCUCCUCUAGGAAGAGGUGCCCAGACAAGAGAUUUUUGUUAUAUGACUUCGCAAAAAAUAGUGAAAUGUCAGGUUCCUCACCAUUUAAGAUGCGAUUAGUUCAUCUGGACCUUAAAGGAGCUCCGCCAAAGGUCUCGUACCUCUCAGAGAUUUUUCCUCUGUUCCACACCCUGGGUGCAAACGGCCUCCUCAUCGAGUAUGAAGACAUGUUUCCCUAUGAGGGCCACCUGAGGCUGCUGAGGGCUAAGCAUGCAUACAGCCCCUUUGAAAUCAAAGAGAUCCUGCAUCUGGCCACACUGAACAACCUGGAGGUCAUUCCCUUGGUGCAGACAUUUGGACACAUGGAGUUUGUGCUGAAGCACGAGGCUCUUGCUCACCUCCGGGAAGUGGCACUUUUCCCCAACACUCUGAACCCCCACAAAGUGGAGUCCUUGGCACUGGUGGGAGCCAUGAUCGACCAGGUCAUGGAGCUGCACCCGGGGGCCCGGUGGCUCCACGUUGGCUGUGACGAGGUCUAUUACCUUGGAGACGGUGAGGCCUCGAGACAGUGGCUGCAGCGUGAGCAGAAUACCAAAGCAAAACUGUGUCUGUCCCACGUGAAGGCGGUGGCCAGCCACGUGCAGACCCGGCACCCCGCCACCACGCCCCUGGUAUGGGAUGACAUGCUGCGGGACAUCCCCGAGGACCAGCUCUCAGCAUCGGGGGUGCCGCAGCUGGUGGAGCCCGUGCUCUGGGACUACAGGGCCGACCUGGACGUCCAUGGCAAGGCCCUUCUCAUGGAAAAGUACCAGAAGUGUGGUUUUCCCCGGCUGUGGGCUGCCAGUGCCUUCAAGGGGGCCACGGGCGCAAGCCAGGCCCUGACCCCCAUCGAGCACCACCUCAGAAACCACCUGCAGUGGCUGCAGGUAGCCGGCAGCGGGCCAGCAAACACGCUGCAGGGCAUCAUCCUGACGGGCUGGCAAAGGUACGACCACUUCUCUGUGCUGUGCGAGCUGCUGCCCGUGGGCAUCCCGUCCCUGGCCAUCUGUCUGCAGUCACUCCUACACGGAGGCUUUGCCGAAGAUGUUAAAGCAAGAGUGGAGAACUUCCUCGGGGUCUCCAGCCUGGAAAUAACUGAUUUUAUGAGGGAGGCCGGCUCCUUCCCCGGCAGCGACAUCCUGGCCCUCAUCACGCAAGUCAGCCUCCACCUGCGCAGCUCCGUGGAUGCGCUGCUAGAGAGGGACAGGUAUGUGACUGGCUGGUUCAGCCCCUUCCAUCGCAGGCGGAAGCUCAUCCACCCAGUCAUGAUCCAGCACAUCCAGCCCCAGGCCCUCAGUCUCCUGGCCAGGUGGAGCACCCUCGUGCAGGAGCUGGAGGCUGCCCUGCAGCGCAUCUACUACCCAGACGCUGUGGACGAGUGGCUGGAGGAGAACGUGUACCCCAGCUUGCAGCAGCUGCAGGGUCUGCUGCAGGACCUCGGCAAGGCGGCUGGCCCCCAGACCCCACUGGCCAGCCCCGGCCUGGACACCAGCCAGGACCCCUGAGGGGUGG